GACAGGCCCGGGCCGCCCCCAGGCCCCGCCGCCCGCCAUGGACGACUACGCGGUGCUGUCGGACGCCGAGCUGGCCGCCGUGCUGCGCCAGUACAACAUCCCGCACGGGCCCGUCGUGGGCUCCACGCGCAAGCUCUACGAGAAGAAGAUCUUCGAAUACGAGACCCAGAGGCGGAGGCUGUCGCCGCCGAACUCAUCCGCGACCUCUUUCUCCUACCGGUUUUCGGACUUCGAUUCUGCCUCCGUGGAUUCGGAUAUGUACGAUCUGCCCAAGAAAGAGGACGCCUUGCUUUACCAGAGCAAGGGCUGUAACGAUGACUACUACGAGGAGAGUUACCUGAGCACCAGCACCUACGGUGAGCCUGAGGCCGCGGGCUCUUCCAAGGGCUUCCGGCAGCCCCCAGCUUCACUCUCCAGCGGGGACACCUUCCACCGCCAGGUGCGUGAUGACAGCCUUUUCUCUUCUGAAGAGGAGAGCAAGGAUAGGGAACGCCGUGCUUAUGGCCGGGACAGCGCCUACCAGAGCAUUGCGCACUACCGCCCUGCGCCCAGCAUCUCCAGAAGCUCCCUGGGCCUGUCCUACUAUCCUCCAUCUUCCCCCUCUCCCGUGUCCUCAUCUCCCCCCUCUUCGUGGCUUGCCCGACGAGCCAUCCGCCCCGAAAAGCCAGCUCCGGGGGCUGAUCUGGGGCAGGACCGCCAGGUCCCCCUCUGGGGCCAGCUGCUCCUGUUCCUGGUUUUUGCUGCCUUCCUGCUCUUUGUUUACUACUCCAUGCAGGCUGAGGACGGCAACCCCUUCUGGACGGAGCCCUGAGGCCCUGGUUUCUGGCCCCGGCAGCUGCUCUCAGAGUCCCGGCUGACUGCCUUCGCAGUGUUUGCUGGGGGUGGGGUGGGGGCUUUGUGUGUAUUCUAGCUUGGGGGUGCUGGGCCUGGCCCAUGCUCGCUCCCUUGACUUGUUCUUCCUCGUUCUGCCAGGGAGGCAGCAGGCCCAGACCCUCUGGCUUGGUGUACCGGGAGGGCUGUCCUCUGGAGCCUCCUGGCCAUGUUGGCCUCUGACCCUUAGGGCCAGGAGAGCAAGACCCUUCUGGAGGGAAUGCAAGGGCAGUGGCUCUGCAUGCCUCCUGUUCCUUGUCACCUCUUCGGGGGCUAGCCAAAGGCCACCCUGACUUUGUUUUCGUGGAUACACAAUAAAAAACCAUUUAUUUUUAUGUGCUGCUCUUCCCUGUGUGG